UUUAAAAACCGAGAUUUUAAUUUGGCGAGUCUAAAAAUUUUAUGAUCUUACGAAAUAAUUCAAUUCAAUAAUAAAACAAUGUCAAUAACUCAAGCUUCAAGAGCAAAGCUCUCGCGGUGUUUAAAAGGAAUAAUAUUGCCUCACAUAACACAGUCAUCAUGCUGUUAUUCAGAAAGUGCAAACACAAAAUCAGGAGCAAGGAAAGGAAAAACACCAGCUGGAAAAUUUGAUGAUAAACUUGAAUUAAAAUCUGAAGUGCAAGAACCUCAAACCCAAGGAGAGAAAGAACCUUUAGAACGAUUUCCAGACAAUAUUAACCCAAUUACUGGUGAAGUGGGAGGACCAAGAGGCCCUGAACCUACUAGAUUCGGUGAUUGGGAGAGAAAGGGACGAGUUACAGACUUCUAAUGAUCUGUGUAUUUAUACUCAAUCAUAUGAUUUACUGAUUGUAUGUAUACAAAUAAAAUUACUAUUUAUUUAAAAUUGA